CACAUUCAAAACGACCAAUAAAAACCCAGCUACGGUUUUCGCUUGCAAGGAUUCCAAUAUCUGUAUAAACGCAUGUCAAAAUUAAGACAGUCAUGUCUUACAUUUCCUCGUGGCAUCCGCUCUGUUUAUUGUCUGCUUGCAAAUGGUAAUAUUUAAUCCACUGUAUGAUUGAAUGAUCAUUUUUUAGCAAUCCCCAAGAGUAGAGUUGUGAAAAGCGUUUUAGUGCGCUCUAUGCUUGCAAUUUUUGCCAGUCAUUUACUGUUUCUGGAGCUCUAUUUGGUAUUACCCUAUGUAUUAGGAGACGAGAAAUACUUAGCAUGCAGCAUCUUGCUGUUUAUAUAUGCUUGUUUUUGUUCGAGUGUUACACUGUGUAUUUAUAAAGACCCAAGUAUUCGUAGCCUACUGUUAUCGUCUAAGUCGAAACCAGAUUGGACUUAUUGUCUUACAUGCCAAACGUUACGGCCGCCUCGUGCACACCACUGUUUUGACUGUGCUAUAUGUGUUCUUCGACGUGAUCAUCACUGCACUAUUUUGGGUCAAUGUAUUGGUCAUGCAAAUUGGAGAUAUUUUUGUAAUACACUAUUCUAUGGAAUAUUAGGUUGUUCUUUUAUAAGUUAUUAUAAUUUAUUAUUAAUAUUUCAAUCAAAUUAUUUACCUAUUACAUGGUCUUAUUAUUAUAAACUAUUAUGUAUGAUUACACCACCAGGUUUUAUGUGGUUUAUUGGUUAUUUAACAUUAUUACAAAGUAUAAUCUUUUUAACAACAAGUUUAUCAAUAUUAAUUACAUGUUUAUUAUUUAUUUUUAUUCUAUAUGAAUUGAAUUUAAUGUUUAAUAAUCAAACUAUGUUUGAACGUUCAUUUAAUCCAUUUUAUUACAAUACUAAUUAUGAUAAUCAUAUUACAUGUAUUAAUAAAUAUGGAGAAGAAAUAAGUAGUACUAUGAGUAGUAUUACUAGUAGUACUAGUAGUACUACUACUAGUAGUAGUAGUAGUACAAUGACAAGUACAUCUGUACUACAUCAUAGACGACAAAAAGAAUCAUUAUAUAAUAACUAUACAUCUUUAUAUAAUAUUGGUUAUAAAAAUAAUAUUAAACAAUAUUUAGGUGAACAUUGGAUUCUUGCUAUUCUAUGUCCAUUUAUUAAUUCUCCAUUAACAACAGAUGGAUUAAGUUUUCCAACAUCAAAUGAUGUAAAAUUUAAAUGA